AACAGAAAGGUUCCUGACAAAAUACUAAUAUCAACUACCAUGCGGUAUUAGGCUAAAGAGUAGCAGAACGAUGAAUCAAUGGCGGGAGCUAGAAAGCGAUCCAGGUAUCUUUACGCUGUUGAUCGAGGAGUUUGGAGUGAAGGGGGCACAAGUUGAAGAAAUCUACGACUUGUCAAAACCUAUGAAAGGCCAUGUCUAUGGGUUUAUAUUCUUGUUCAAAUGGAUUGAAGAGAGGAGAUCUCGACGCAAGAUUCAACACAUUGAUGAAUCAUUUGUGGAAAAUGAGGAAAUUGUGAAUGAUAUAUUUUUUGCCCAACAGGUCAUCCCUAACUCUUGCGCCACUCACGCUCUCCUUAGUGUUCUUCUCAACUGCCCUCACAUUGACUUGGGAGAAAAUGUCAGCAAACUAAAGGAUUUUUCAAAAAACUUCAAUCCAGAGAAUAAAGGCUAUGUUAUCGGUAACCUCCCAGAGCUUGCUAUGUCCCAUAAUAAGUUUGCAAGACCCGAGCCUAAACUACUACCUGAAAAAACAAACUCCAUCUCAAGUGCGAGAGCGCUUGAGGCGUUCCACUUUGUCAGCUAUGUACCUAUCAAGGGGAGACUGUUUGAGCUGGAUGGUCUUAAACCAUACCCAAUCGAUCAUGGACCAUGGGGAGAACAAGAAGACUGGACCGAGAAGUUUCGCCGAGUGAUCACUGAACGCCUGGGCAUAGCAACUGGGGGUGAGCCCUACCAUGACAUCCGGUACAAUCUCAUGGCAGUUGUUGCAGACAGAGUGACUGAGUUUGAAGAAGAGCUGGAAAAACUGACCAAUGAAAGGAGUAAACUACUUGAAACUGGCAAUAAGCUUGUUGAGGAGAAACAAAACAAUCCAGCAGAAACCUCUGAUGGGGCUGCAUCCCCAUCACCAGCAACACAAACAACCUCUUCUCCCACAAACAGUUCCACGUCAGUGCAAGUGCAACCCUUGGAGACCUCCAAAGACAAUGCCAAGCAACUAAUGCCACCCCCACCACCACCACCCCGAGCAACACCUCCUCCUGUUUCCAUAGCAACAGUUGCCAUAACAACAGCUGCAGCACCAGUUUUACCAUCAACAACCUGCUCAACUGUGAGCCUUAGCUUUUCAUCUGUUACAGCAACUUCUACACCUUCUUUGGAAAGUGUUGCCAAGGCUAAAAGUGUAGCAGGUGAUAAGCCUGUUGCUAUGGAAACCGAGUCAAUUGUGGCUUCAGGUGUUGCAGCAGGAGUAGGUGACUUGGAGAAGGAAAGUCAGCCUGAGUCGCCCAUCAGCGUCAGUACAGGUGUACCUGAUGAAACAGGGGAGACAACAGAGACGUGCCCAUCAGAAGAUCAACAGGAUUACACAGAGACAUACUCAGACUUUGAGGACGAUAACUGGAAGAGUAAUAAGAAGUAUGAUUCCGAGGAGGUCAGAGAAGUGAAGAAAGAAGAUCCAGUGCAAAAGCUUAUUACAGUGUUGAAGGACAUAUCGGAGACAUCAAUUGAGGCCAAGGAGCUCGCUUUAGAGCUCCAUGACGUGGAACUGCGCAUGACAACUUGUGAGACGGCGCUGCGAGAGGAGAAGGACAAGAGGAAGAAAUACUAUGUUGACCACUGCAGACGGACACAUAAUUAUGAUCCCUUCAUCUGCACAUUUCUGACCAUGCUCGCGCAGGAAGGCCACAUGGGGCAACUCGUCGAGCAACACACAUCACUCAAGCGGCGCCUUGCACAGAGCAUGGCACAGAAACGAUCUCACAUCAAAGUCAAGAGGCCGUACAAACGACGGCCCAAGAAGAACGUGUAACAUCAAGAUUCAAGAGACCGUACAAACGACGGCCCAAGAAGAACGUGUAACAUCAAGCUUUAAGAGACCGUACAAACGACGGCCUAAGAAGAACGUGUAACAUAAAGAUUCAAAUGGAGAGUCAUGAAAAUGUUACUUAGAGUCGGGAAAUAAUCAGACGAGAAGUUGAAAAGAUGUGUGGAGUCUAGAGAACCUUCACUGAAGAGUAAGAAAAUGAUGUAUAAAGGAUCAACAUAAGAAGUUAGGGAAAUAGAAGGCCAAAGCCGUAUGCGAAGGAUUAGCUUACGGAGAUAGUCGUAGGAAUGGCGGCGAGUUCCAUUAUUCUCAUGGAAGUACACCCCAUAAAAAAAACAUAACGCCCUACAGAUUUUCUGGUUUCAUGUUUUUAUAUGCGAGAAACUCAGGGCGCCUCGUGAGUCGAGGUGGAGUAUAUAUCUUAGGGGCUAACACUUUUAUCCCAGUCUGUUUUAUUAGGAGCUCUUUCGGUUAAGUUUCUGUACAUACCUUCAAAAUGAUUAACAGUCAUAGUAUCGGUCGUGUAUUUAUUGCUAUCAUUGUAAAUAGUCCCACUAUAUCAAAUCUAUCAAAAUGAAACAAUUACAAAAUGGUACUGAGGCGGAAUUACGCCUGCUGUGUUGCACCAGCGGUUACCCCCGCUACGCGCAUGCUCCGUGCAAUGGCAGCUCUCAGGUGUGGCAAUCCAUACAUGUCAAGCACUAGAAUGUAGAGACGGUAUAGCAUAAUGACCACAGUAAGCGCAUUCUUAGCCGUGAAGAAGAUGUGGAUUUCACUAGACACCCCAUAGCCAAUCAGCAGGGAGAGCCGGAGUAAUAGAAAAGGUCCGUCUUGCAUGAACAGGGCGGCCACUAUCUACAAGUAAACGCAUAGAAGAGCGUUAAAAAGGGACUUUUUAAAUUUUAACUUAUAACCGCCCCUUGGACUAUGGCCGGUCUAAUAAGGAUAUUACUUAUAACCGCCCCUUGGACUAUGGCCGGUCUAAUAAGGAUAUUACUUAUAACCGCCCCUUGGACUAUGGCCGGUCUAAUAAGGAUAUUACUUAUAACCGCCCCCUUGGACUAUGGCCGGUCUAAUAAGGAUAUUACUUAUAACCGCCCCUUGGACUAUGGCCGGUCUAAUAAGGAUAUUACUUAUAACCGCCCCUUGGACUAUGGCCGGUCUAAUAAGGAUAUUACUUAUAACCGCCCCUUGGACUAUGGCCGGUCUAAUAAGGAUAUUACUUAUAACCGCCCCUUGGACUAUGGCCGGUCUAAUAAGGAUAACACAUACUGCAGACUAACCUUGAAGUGCGCACUAUUAAAAAAACAUGUUUACUGUA